CUGGUCUCUGCUCUGGAGGUGCGCAGGGCUUGUGAAGAAGAUUGGAGGUCCUGAAGCACAGGAACUCGCCCACCAGCUCUGGCUGGGCGACAGCUAAUACCCAAGGCCCACCGGUUUGGGCGGCACAAGAAGAAGAAUUCAUUGUCUUCCCAGCACCAUCCAAAAAAAGAAAUGAGUUUCUCCCAGCAACGGCCACCGCCCCCUGGUGGAGCAGCAGGAAAAAUGACGAUUCCCCCAAACGGGCAGGUGGGAGAGAAGUUCUCGAUGCAGAUCCCCAAGGAUUUCAACUUUCUGGCAUUGAACACUCCGCUGCCAGAAGAAGAAACGGGCCAACAGAGGACAAAGGAAAGUCAGGAGGGCCAACGUUCAGGACAGGCGCAUUCCAGCCGCCAGCCAAAGGAAGGACAGGGGCUCGAGAACAACCUGUACAACCAGUACGAGGAGAAGGUGCGCCCGUGCAUCGACCUCAUCGACUCCCUGCGGGCCCUGGGUGUGGAGCAGGACAUAGCCCUGCCCGCUAUCGCCGUCAUCGGGGACCAGAGCUCGGGCAAGAGCUCUGUGCUGGAGGCUCUUUCCGGGGUCGCCCUUCCCAGAGGCAGCGGAAUCGUAACCAGGUGUCCGCUGGUGCUGAAACUGAAGAAGCAGCUGCAGGAGUGCACGUGGAGGGGCAGGAUCAGUUACAGGAACAUGGAGGUCCAGCUGCAGGAGCCCUCCCAGGUGGAGAAGGAGAUCUGCAAAGCCCAGAACUUUGUAGCUGGGAAUGGAGUUGGCAUCAGCCACGAGCUCAUUAGUCUGGAGAUCACUUCCCCUGAGGUUCCGGAUCUGACCCUCAUCGACCUUCCCGGCAUCGCCAGGGUGGCCGUGGGAAAUCAGCCCCAGGACAUCGGACGUCAGAUCAAGACGCUCAUCAGGAAGUACAUCCAGAGGCAAGAGACGAUCAACCUGGUGGUGGUCCCCUGUAAUGUGGACAUCGCCACCACAGAGGCGCUGAGCAUGGCUCAGGAGGUGGACCCCGAGGGAGACAGGACCAUAGGGAUCCUGACCAAACCAGACCUCGUGGACAAGGGCACGGAAAAAGUUGUGGUGAAUGUGGUGCAGAACCUCACCUACCAUCUGAAAAAGGGUUACAUGAUCGUGAAGUGCAGGGGCCAGCAGGACAUCACCAACAAGCUGAGCUUGGCGGAGGCCACCAAGAGAGAAAUGGCGUUCUUUCAAACACACCCGUAUUUCAGAGCUCUCCUGGAGCAGGGGAAGGCCACGGUGCCUCGUCUGGCAGAAAGACUUACCACCGAGCUCAUCUCGCACAUCAACAAAUCACUUCCGUUGUUGGAUAAUCAAAUAAGGGAGAGCCACCAGAGGGCGACAGAGGAGCUGCGCCAGUGUGGCGCCAGCAUCCCCAGCAACGAAGCUGAUAAAAUGUUCUUUCUGAUUGAGAAAAUUAAACUGUUUAAUCAAGACAUUGAGAAGUUAAAAGAAGGAGAAGAAAUCGUAAAGGAGAAAGAGACCCGCCUGUGUAACAAAAUCAGAGAGGAGUUUAAAAUCUGGAUACUCGUACUUGCAGAAAAUAUUGAAAAAGUUAAAAAUGUUAUGUGUCAAGAAGUCUCAAAAUAUGAAAAGCAGUAUCGUGGCAAAGAACUCUCUGGAUUUGUCAGCUACAAGACGUUCGAGACCAUCGUACAGCAGUACAUCGAACAGCUGGUCGACCCCGCGCUCGUCAUGCUCCAGAAGGUCGAAGAAAUUGUCCGGCAAACUUUCAUCAACACAGCCAGAACACAUUUUGGCGAAUUUUCCAACCUUAAUCAGAUAGCCCAGAGCAAGAUUGAGGAGAUAAGAACGAGACAAGUGGAAACAGCAGAAAAUCUGAUCCGACUUCAGUUCAAGAUGGAGCAGCUGGUUUUCUGUCAAGACCAGAUUUACGGCGUGGUUCUCAGCAAAAUCCGAGCAGAGACUUUUAGCGCCAAGGGAACACCUCCACAGAAUCUAAAGUUGCAAUCGCCUCUUUUAAAUGAUCUGUCCCAGAUUUCCUCCAUCACUGAAAUCGGGCUCCACCUGAAUGCAUAUUUCUCGGAAACCAGCCAGCGUCUUGCCAACCAGAUCCCAUUCAUAAUCCAGUAUUUUAUGCUGCAAGACAAUAGCGACUGUUUGCAGAAAGCCAUGAUGCAGUUACUGUACGACAAAGAGCACUAUUCUUGGAUGCUUCAAGAACAGAGCGAGACCUCCACCAAGAGAAGAUUCCUGAAGCAGAAAAUUUACCGGCUCGCUCAGGCACGGCAAGCUCUCUUUAAAUUCUCCAGUUAAAAGGGGGUAGAUACAUGGAAGGGCAGCAGCACUUUUGGGAUUUUUCUUAUGUGUGUUCGUUCUAAGGGAAGGCGGUACAAGAAGCGGCUUCUCCUUUGGGGCCAGACUUUCCUGUUGCUAUUGGGGCCCAUCUUCUCCGUACUGCACUCAGCACCAGAGUUCAUAUCUAAAGUCCACAUGCACUCAGAGCUGUCACCUCUGCUGGGAGGUCUUCCCCAACCUCCACGUAGAGGUGGCUGAGUCCUUUUUUUUUUUUUUUUUUGCUGAGGAAGAUUAGCCCUGAGCUAACA